ACAUGUUAUUUCAUCAUCUGACGCGUGACUCGUCUUAAAUUACAUGUGCAUGAAAGUUUGCUUUUAUUUCCAUGUUAAAAUCAUAUGAACCACAUAAAUGAGUAUUUAAGAAAGCAAUGAAGGAAUUAAAUUAAAGUAGCUUUUACACGCAGUAUUUAUUUUUUCCUUCUUUUCCUUCUUUAUUCAUUCCAUUUUUAUCUUUUCCGCUUUUGUCAUGAGCAGGUUUUUAAACAGGCAGUUUUCAGGACGCCCCGCUGGCAGCCAACUUUUCAGGACCCUGAACCAGCGUUAGCUAACAGGCUAACAGGCUAACAGGCUGACCCACAGCGGCGCAGACAGAAACACGGAGGACAGAGUUUUAAGAAAAUGUCUGAAGUCAAAGUGAAGAAGGAGACGAACCUGUCGGACCCUGCCGAGAUUGAGAACAGGAUCAAAGAGCUGUGUCAGCAGUUUCCUCAUGGUAUCACAGACCAGGUGAUCCAGAACGACAUGCCUCACCUGGAGCCGCAGCAGAGAGCCAUGGCCAUCAACAAGCUGCUCUCAUUGGGUCACCUGGACCUUCUGAGGAACAGUUCAGGUCUCCUGUACAGAAUGAAGGACGCUCAGACCUCCAGUAAGAUGAAGGGUUCAGACAACCAGGAGAAGCUGGUGUACCAGAUCAUCGAGGACGCAGGAAACAAAGGGAUCUGGAGCAGAGACAUCCGCUUUAAGAGCAACCUUCCUCUGACGGAGAUCAACAAGAUCCUGAAGAACCUGGAGAGCAAGAAACUCAUCAAAGCUGUGAAGUCUGUGGCUGCGUCUAAGAAGAAGGUGUACAUGCUGUACAACCUGCAGCCGGACCGCUCGGUGACCGGGGGCGCCUGGUACAGCGACCAGGACUUUGAGUCCGAGUUUGUCGAAGUUCUCAACCAGCAGUGCUUCAAGUUCCUGCAGAGCAAGGCAGAAGCAGCGAGGGACAGCAAACAGAGUCCCAUGGUCCAGAGGAACAGCUCCUUCGCCACCUCGCAUGAAGUCUGGAAAUACAUCUGUGAGCUGGGAAUCAGCAAGGUGGAUCUGUCCAUGGACGACAUCGAGACCAUCCUGAACACGCUGAUCUACGACGGGAAGGUGGAGAUGACCGUCAUCGCCGCCAAGGAGGGAACGGUGGGCAGCGUGGACGGACAGAUGAAGCUGUACCGCGGCGUCAACCCCGUCAUCCAUCCCACCGGCCUGGUGAAGACGCCCUGCGGCCUCUGCCCGGUGUUUGACGACUGUCAUGAGGGAGGAGAAAUAUCUCCGUCCAACUGCAUCUACAUGACGGAGUGGCUGGACUUCUGACCGCCGUUCGUUUCCCGCCUCUUUUCUCUGUGAUGAAGUUUAUUUUCCAUCGAUCUGAUUCUUUUCUAUUUUUGACCGAGGUCAGUGACGGUGGAGACGAGACGAGCUGCUGCGUCUCUGACGAACAGCACAGAACCACAUCUGGAUCCAGAGACCUGGGUCACGUCCCUGUGUCAUGUCCGGCUGAGAGGCGUUGGGCCGGCGUCGGGCCGGGUUCACGUUCUGCUGGUUUACCUCAGUCUGAGUCAUUUCUGUUCCUCGUGAUGGACACGUGUCGAUUUCAGCUGAAACUUAGACAAACAUUGAUUAUUUAUCGUUUCAUUGAUCCAUCAGCUCUCUGCUGUCUGAGUCCAGACAGACGGUGAAGGAGGCUGCGUCUGGACCACAGUCCGUCUUUUGUGUCCCGUAGACCUGUUCAGUCCUCAUCACAUGGUCCGGGUCCUGAUAACUGAUUAUUGAUAACUGAUUGAUUUGAUCAGUUUCAGCUGUAAAUUCUUCUCAGUGAAAAUGUUUUUAGAAACUGAUUAAAAAUGAAAAACUGAAAUCUUUCAGACUCUUUGUGGCUCUGAACUUUGAUCAGCUGAUUCCUGCAGGACGACGGAGGGAGAGACAGUGAACGCAUCAUGUGUGGGGUUUAAAAAGAAACCCUGGGUUCAACACUGUACCUGAAGGCAACACCGAAGGCGUCCUGACCCUGCUGACAUGCUGCUGUGUUGGAGUACGGGAUCAGAAUAGGGUCAAAAAGAGUUAAAUAAUUCUAACACACACACACACACACACACACACACACACACACACACACACACACACACACACACACACACACACACAGUAUUUGUGUGAACAGAUACAGAGCAGAAAACUGUAAAACUCAAAGUUCCCACACUGUUGUUGACCCUGAAGUUCCAAGUAGAUUUUCACCCUGUUUUUGGACCUGAAUCUGAUUGGACGAUAACGGUCCAAUCGGUCUUUACUAUAAUCAGCAGCAUUCACUCAAACUGUUCAUAAAUAAAAUAAAAUAAAACUAAA